ACGAGUGGCAGCCGCGGCAUUGCAACUGUCAGCUCGGACGCUGUUUUUUGCUCAAAGUGCAGUUUAUGGUUUGCGAUUUUCUCCUGGAUGGUAACGUUGUUUACGUCUCGAUUGGUAGUGGAGCAUGGCAAGAGCGCGACGAAUAUGAAAAUUGUCGCAACAAACCGUUUGCCUUUACCGUGCUUGAAUACUGGCUUCACGGGGUACUCAUUUUUAAAAGAGUAUUUGUCGUUUUACUUCAUUCCGGUCAGCAACAUGAAUAUAAAAAGAGAAAGAACGAAGACCGUAGAUCUAGGAGCGGAACGUACCAGGACACUGAUACAGUUCAUACAGGCGAUACCUUACCUGUGGAAUAGCAACGACCCGCUGUAUAAAAAUAAAAAAUCCCAAGCCGAAGCAUGGGAGUCCAUUUCCGAGGAGAUGGGCGUACCAGUGCCGGACCUGAGACAUAAAUGGGCUUCCCUGCAAUCCUCGUUCCGUCACUUCCUCGUCCUGUAUCAAAAGGGUCAAGCAUCACAAAAUUGCGAGGGCGGUCAGUUGCCGCGUAGAAGAUGGUACCUUUACGAUGAUAUGCUGUUCCUAUUGGCUAGCGGCAAGGAAAGAACUCCGGAGAGAACGGUAAUCAAACAGAACAACGAUUCCACCGAGGACAUGGAUCAAUCGAUGGACGUAGUUUCCCAUCUCACUGAUACUAAAACGACAACAGGCAACUCGCUCGAAAUGUCAGGCCAAAAUCCUAUCGAGCGGACCGUGCCCUCGCCUUGGGCAGCAGUUUCGCGUACACCGAUCCGGAAACAGAUUAAAUCACGGCACGUAAGCUCGGUAGUCGUUCGGCAGGACCUGUACGCGAAAAGGAAGGUGAUGUACCAGACUAACCCUACCUAUCAGCGGCGUAAAUCGAAUGAGCCUGAUGAUGCUUCCCCCGGCACCACCACACAGAAGGAUGACCGAGUGACCAAUAGCUACUGCGAUGCGCUCCGUUACGGGCAGAAUGUUGGCAGAGUGUUGGCACAGUUGUCACCGCAACGAAGGCAUGCGGUUAUGAUCAAAAUAGACGAAAUACUGCUCGAUACGGCGAAGGAAAGAUAUCAACAACAUUAUGGAGCUGAUCCUUAGUUACUACUAAGCCAGUAAAAAGGCAAGGCUCUUAAUUAAGCAUUUUAUUGUGUAGAGGCGGGAGGCCAGCGGAUGUGAUUUAAUAUUGUAAUUGAGUACGAAUAAUCUAAGGACAUGAAUCUGUUCACGUUCAAAUCAAAUUAUAAAUCAUUCAUUGCAUUCUCGAAAGCUGAAAGACAGGAUCGUUUGAGUUGAACUUACAUAUCUUUUAGUCCUUAGUUCUAAUUUAUUUUAGUCCUCAUUUUUAUUUCUCAAAACUGACUGGCAAGUGAACUAUUGUUCUCGGAUACUCAAUACGCAGUAAAAUUUUGUUUUAUUUUGAUGUCUCAUAGAUUAUUUACCAGGGGAUCCAUUUAUAAAUGAUCAGUUUAAUUUAAAAUUUUUCUGUCGGUUCAGCUUUGACGUGAAUAACCAACAGCGCUGGUAUUAAUUUACUUUUCUCAUGUUUUUAACGCACAUUCUUCUAUGAUGGUUUACGAAAUACACAUGUACCUCCGUGGCAAAGGAUCUCAAUCACUCCAGUAGAUCUGGUUCCACCGCUUU